CCUUUAUUUCACACCUCCAACUUCAAAAAACACACAAAAAAACACAAAUUAAUUCGAACCUUUUGCAGAUCUGCUCGCACAAUCCUCUCAAUCGCCCAGAAAUUCACUUCCCAACUCGAAUACACACACACACACACACACCUAUACAUACAAAUUGCCUGUAUCUACAUAUCCCCGAUUUCUUGUAAUUAGGGUUUUGACUUUGGGAAAUAUUGAACUUAGGGUUUAAUUCGAUGUUACCAGACUUGCAAUUUGACCACCCAAGUAAUUUUUUUCAUGGGGUUCGCUUUGUUCUUUGUGGGUUUGACCCCAUUAACAAAACCCAGGUUUUCGAUAAGCUUGUUCAAGGGGGUGGAGUUGAUGUGGGUCAGUACGGACCUCGGUGUACUCAUGUUAUUGUCGAUGGCCUCACAUAUGAUGAUCCAGUGUGCGUCGCUGCCCGCGAGGAUGGCAAGGUAGUAGUUAAUGGUUUGUGGGUUGCUCAUAGCUUCGAUGCUGGGGUGGCUGUUGACCCAACCUCUAUCAUGUACAGACCUCCGAGGGAUUUAAAAGGAAUUCCUGGUGCGAAGUCGUUACUAGUGUGCUUGACUGGAUACCAGCGGCAAGAUCGAGAUGAUAUUAUGACAAUGGUUAGUUUAAUGGGAGCAAACUUUUCAAAGCCAUUGGUAGCAAACAGAGUUACCCACCUUAUAUGCUAUAAAUUUGAAGGUGAUAAGUACGAGCUUGCCAAGAGAACUAAUAGAAUCAAGCUUGUCAACCAUCUUUGGUUGGAAGAUUGUUUAAAGGCAUGGGAUCUUCUUCCAGAAGCGGAUUACAACAAGAGUGGAUUUGAGCUGGAAGAACUGGAAGCAGAAGCUAAAGAUUCUGAAGACGAAACAGAGAUCUCGUUAAAGAAAAACCAACUCUUGAAUCCGAAACAGGAUUUUAAAAUGGACCGACCUAAUUCAAGUUCAUCAAAAGAUCUGCCAACUCUUAAUAAUACAAAUGAUAUUGCUUCUGCUAACAGAAAGGAUAGGAAUUCUCAUCUCGACCUGAAUACCCCAGAAAGGCUUAAUAAAGAAUCUGAAGUGCUUGAUUCUCGUGGUGCCGAAGCUUUUAGCAAUGCUAGUUGUAAAAAGCCAGUUAGAUCUUCUGAUAGAACAGCGGUUCCUACAACGGUUGGAAAGAACGUUGCCUCUCCGAAUGAGAUGUGUGGUCUUUCUGAUGCAAGUCAUUUAAAUAUCAAAAGUUAUGAUAGUAAAAGCCCAAUGAGAACAACUUCCUUUGGGUAUUCGGGAAAUGUGACAGGUUUGGGCAUGGCUCCAAUGGUAAAUGCCGGUGAUGGUGCUGACAUCUUAAGUGAACACCAAAAAAAUGAAACUGCUAUCGGCUGUUUUAGGACCCCAGUUAAGCCUGUCUUACCUCAGAGAGAGCAAUCUAGUACAAUAAAUGAAAACAGGACACACCAAGCACAGAAGACAGAUCAUAGUCCAGCAACACGAGUGUCUAUUCAUUCACCGGAGAUGAACAGGAGUAAAACUUCUGAAGCUGCAUCUUCAAUAGGUGGUUUAAAUGAGAUUAGGAGAUCACCAGCAAGUAUUGCACCCGUUUCAGAAAAUUGUAAUACAAAGAAUAGAAAAGGUGCUGGUUUGAUUGAGGCAUUUGAAAUUCCAGUCAUGGGGUCUGAAAAGGCCAAGCGGGAAAAUAACCCUGAGAAUGGAGAUGUUGCAAAGAGACAAGAUAGUGAUGCGUCUGAAGCUUUGAAUACCGCACUGCCGCGAACUUCAGAGACUAAGAAAUCAAAUGUUUCUUCUAACUUGCGCUUGCCUGUUGAUGCACAUGUAAAGCGGCCCACAAAGAUGUCUGGUAGAAUGUCUUGGAGUAAAGGUGUUGCAUCCAGUCAAAAAGGUUCCAUCUACUUGAGUAAAAGUUCUUCUGAAGUUGAUCCUGCAAUAUCUUUAAAUAGUGCUGCUGAAGACGAUCCUGCAAUAUCUUUAAAUGUGGGGGAGAGGACAAAAAACAAUGAAAUGAUUGAGGUAAUUCCCUCAGCAACUAAUCUUAAUGCGGACUUGGAAAAAGCAUCUCAUGAUGACUUACAAUCUGGUAGCAAAGUUCAAUACAAUCCUUUGUCAAUGGAUGAGGAUACUGAGGCUCCAGAGGAGAAUGAGGAAAAUGAGCUGAGGGAAGGUCUUUUUCAGGUAAAUAAUGGAAAAGGUAAAUUAGAUAUUACACGGAAGGAUGAUAAAUCAGAUUACGCGCGGAAACAGAAAGGUGGUAGUCAUAUUGAGACAUAUGGUGAAGAUAAUGAUGGUGCUAAAGAGAAAGAGAUUACACGUGGUAUCAGAAAGUUGGGUAAAUCAGCGACUAGUCAUAAUAAGAGACUUCGUGAAGAGAAAGAUGAGACUUGUAAGAAAGAGGCCACACAUGGUAAGAGAAAGUUGGUGGAAAUCAAGAAAAAAGCUAAUCCUUCUGGGGCUUCAGAGGUUGAUAAAGGAAAUGAGUUUGUUAAGGCAAUUGAUGGAGAAAAUUGUAGAGAUGUUGAGCCAGGCAGUACAGAGAAUUAUGUAGAAGAUAAAUUAAAGGAAACACAACAUAACAAAUCUGACUGUAAUGUUAGUGGGAUGCAUAGUUGUAAAUCAUCUGGUGUAAACAAAGGUGGCAGUAACCAGACAAAGGCCACUUGUGGUAAGAGAAAGCUAGUGGAAUCUAGUAACUUGGAGAACACUGUGAAUGAUGAUGAAAAGACUGUGAAGAAACGUCCCUCGAGUAAAACACAAAUAAAGAAAAAGGUUCCUUCUACUGCAAAGAUGACAAAGUCAAAGGAAGCAUGUAGUGAGGAUGCUGAAAAGGAAACGACUGAGGAUAAUAGAACACAUCCCACAGGUGAACUGAAGAAUACCAAAUCUAUUAAUAAAUUGAAUAGAUCAGUGGAACAGGAGAAGGAGAAUAAGCCGGUUCGCACCGUGGAUCAAAAUGCGAGUCAUGGUAAAAAUGUGCAAAAAUUGGCGUCUACUAAAGCUAUUAAUAAAAUUGGCAAAGAGGAAACCAAACACUUACCCAAUUUUGAUAGAGUUGAAAUACAAAAGAAACCAAACACUGAACCUGUAAGGUUUAUACUAAGUGGACACAAGCUGCAGAAAAAGGAGUUUCAACAGGUAAUACGGCAAUUGAAGGGGAAAGUGUGCAGAGAUUCUCAUAAUUGGUCAUAUCAGGCAACACACUUUAUUGUUCCCGAACCAAUACGUCGAACAGAGAAGUUUUUUGCUGCUGCUGCAUCUGGAAGGUGGAUUUUGAAGACUGAUUAUUUAAGUGAUAGUAGUCAGGCAGGAAAGUUUUUGGCCGAGGAACCUUAUGAGUGGUACAAGAGUGGCUCAAGUGAAGAUGAUGCUAUUAACUUGGAGGCACCAAGGAAGUGGCGCCUUCAAAGAGAAAAAACUGGGCAUGGUGCAUUUUAUGGAAUGAGCAUAGUUAUAUAUGGAGAAUGCAUCACCCCAUCUUUGGAUACACUUAAGCGUGUUUUGAAGGCGGGAGAAGGAACAAUCUUAGCCACUUCUCCUCCGUACACCCGAUUCUUGAAUUCAGGGAUUGACUUUGCAGUGGUCAGUCCUGGCAUGCCACGUGUUGACAUAUGGGUUCAGGAGUUCAUUAGACACGAGAUACCUUGCAUUUCAGCUGAUUACUUGGUCGACUUUAUCUGCAAACCUGGUUGCUCCCUUGAUAAACAUGUCCUAUAUGACACAUAUCCUUGGGCAGAGAAGUCACUCGAGAGGGUAGUCAACCAAUCUGAAGAGAGUGCUGAACUAGCAUCCCCCCCUCGUGAUGGUCAAAGUCCUCCACCAUUUGAAGAGGUAACAACACCUGUGAAUGCUGAUGUAAAUGACCUGCCAUGUGAAGUAUGUGGUUCACGUGAUAGAGGAGAGGACAUGCUGAUCUGCGGUAGCGAAAGCGGAACCAAGGGUUGUGGCACCGGCAGACACAUUGAUUGCUGUGAUCCUCCUCUGCCCGAUGUACCCUCGGAAGACUGGUUUUGCCCCAAGUGCAGCAAGAAACCUUCCAAGAAGAAGGUCCGAGCCGCGAAAAGGAAGUGAUUCUUAUCUUCGUGUUUCGUUAGGCUUAGGUAUAGUUUUUUCCCUCCAAUUUUGUACAUUUAAAAAGACAGUUUGGACUAGUAAAUUUAGUUUCUGUUUCACAAUAAAAUAGACUAAGGAUGCCUCUAUACGUAGCUUCUAAGUUCAAACAGAAGAAUUUGAGACAGGGAAAGGUUUGCAAUAGCAUUUGCAGUGUGAUUUUACAGUUUUGACAACUUGUAUGGUUUGCCUACAUUCAUUUGAAUCAUUAGAAAUGAUCGAACCACCUCA